AUGUCGAUGAGCUCGCCCAAUUUGAACAGCAACUCGUCGUCGACAUACAAUACGCCGCAAUUGGGGGCUGGGCCCGGUGGGGCGGGCUCGUUUCCUGCAAUUGAUCCUGUCGAGCAGUCUUUCCAGCAGCUCACGAACGAGAAGCGUGGGGAGCCGGAGGAGAAGGAAGAGGAAGAGGACGACGACAACUACGUGCCAGAUCUGGCGCCCAAGACCGAUCUGCAAAGCCUGCAAAGCGGGCCCGUACCUACGCCAGCACCAGCGACAGCAAACAAAAACGACAGCGUAAGCUUCAAGCCAAGCGACAGCAUAAGUUUCGAGCCGAACGAGGCUCUGAACAAGGUGCUCGAAUCUGCGCCUCAAUCGGUACCGGGCAUCUUCGUAACGCAGGAGCAGGAGGAGCAAGAGCAAGAGCAAGAGCAAGAGCAAGAGCAAGAUACCUUUUCGGACUCUGAGCUGCCGCUGGAACCGGAACCUGGGCUGCAACUGGGCUUGAAGGGCGAGCCUGAGCCAGAAGUGGCAUCGGUUAAUGGUCACGUGACUGACCAGACGUUGGUCGAGUCCCAGUCCCAGUCCCCGGCCCUGCCCCGCGCCGCCUCGCCUCUGCCCCAUGCCACCAUCACGCACGUCCCACACCUGCCGGAGCACGAGGGCAAGCUCACCGCGAUGGAAAAGCUCAUUGCAGAGCUGGAUACCGUGACGCUCGCCAGAGAAGAGGAACAGCUCGAUAUCCCCACCACCUCGUUCAUGCCUCAGACCGUCAACAAGAAAUCUAGCGCGUACAUGUCGCGGUACGAGCCACAGAGAAUAAUCAUACCAGACUCUCCCGCGGCGGUGGGAAACUCGCACAUGUCGAUACAAAGCAACUCGACCCCAACUUUCUACAAGUUCAGAAAGGACUUGGGUCCACUCGCGCCAGAAAUGGAGGAGGAACAGCAGCACCAGGAGCAGGAACUACAGCAGGAACCACAACAGGAACACAGCUCCGUGCCUCCCCCAGCCAAGCUCAAAUUCCCCCCAGGCCAGGGCCCUUGCAGACACUGCAACAAAGAGGUCCUCCACAAGGGCAUCUACUCAAAACACGAAAACGAACUCUCCGGCCAAUGGCAUCGCGGAUGCUUCAAGUGCAUCGUAUGCGAAAAACCCUUCUCCAAAAAAGUCCCCUGCUACAUCCUCGACGACCAGCCCUACUGCCAGCUCCAUUUCCACGAGUCAAACAACUCCAUCUGCAAAGUCUGCGACGGCUUCAUCGAGGGCGAGUGUCUCGAAAACGACAAGAACGAACGCUACCACCCUUCAUGCCUCAAAUGCUACAUCUGCGACCACCCAAUAACUACAGACUACUACGUAUACAACCACAAGCACACCAUAUGCCACAACCACGACCUCGCAGAGCUCCACCGCUCCCCAAACCUCCGCGACCUCGGCAGAUCAAACACCCUCUCCAAGAGAAGAACAAGACUGAUAAACUUCGGAUAG